UAAACCUCACCAGUCACCAGUCACCAGUCACCACUCCCUAAUUCGUGGUGUUCCCACGACUAUAGUAAAGUCCUAACAAGAACACAUAGCCGACCAAACACAAAAUACCAUACCCAGCCGCCUUGCUAGACUUGGCCCUGCUUUUGGUUUUUUACCCAAACAUUUUUUUUCUUUUUGGUUAAACUUUUAUUUGAAUUUUAACACCGCCACCGUCAACGCGUUUAAGUCUUUUAUCUCUGUUCCUCUCUCUCUCUCUCUCUCUCUCUCUCUCUCUGUGUCUCAGUGCGUGUUUUUUUUUGAAAAACUCAGGAUUACAUCGUAUACAUUGUAACACACUGACGCCUUGUUUCAUAGGAUUUUGUUCGGAAUUGCUUGAUUCCAUGGCUCUUCGUUUCGAGAUUCUAGGGAGGUUCAAUCGUGCUCGUGCAGCUCAACUAACUCUCCCUCACUUUGUGUGCCAAACGCCCUUGUUUAUGCCCGUCGGUACUCAAGGGACUAUUAAAGGGUUGGCAACCAACCAGCUUGAGGAGAUUGGAUGCCAAAUAAUACUGGGGAAUACAUAUCAUUUGGCGCUCCGUCCUACUUCUGAACUUAUUGAUGAAUUGGGGGGUCUUCACCAAUUCAUGAACUGGCCAAGAGCAUUACUCACAGAUUCCGGUGGCUUUCAAAUGGUGUCAUUAUUACAUUUGGCUGACAUCACUGAAAAGGGUGUUACGUUUCAGUCACCAGUUGAUGGAAAGCCCAUGCUCCUAACACCUGAAGAAUCAAUUCAAAUCCAAAACAGGAUUGGAGCAGAUAUUAUUAUGGCUCUUGAUGAUGUAGUGAAAACAACCAUUACUGGUCCACGAAUAGAAGAAGCCAUGUACCGCACUCUUAGAUGGAUAGACAGAUGUAUAGCAGCUCACCAGAGACCACAUGAGCAGAAUUUGUUUGGUAUUGUACAAGGUGGAUUAGACCCUGUGCUAAGGGAUGUAUGUGUUAGAGGCCUGGUUGAUCGGAAUUUACCUGGCUAUGCUAUUGGUGGUCUUGCAGGCGGUGAAUGUAAAGAUUCAUUUUGGCGUGUUGUUGCUCAGUGCACUGCUGCAUUGCCUGAGGACAAACCACGAUAUGUUAUGGGUGUUGGUUAUCCACUGGAUAUUGUAGUUUGCAGUGCUUUAGGUGCUGACAUGUAUGACUGUGUUUAUCCUACUCGUACUGCUCGCUUUGGCACAGCUCUUGUACCUGAGGGAGUGCUGAAGCUAAAACACAACGGGAUGGCUGAUGAUACUCGUCCCAUUGAUCCUACAUGCGCUUGUAUGGUCUGCAGGACCUAUUCUAGGGCCUACAUCCAUUGCCUUGUUACAAAAGAUGCCAUGGGAUCUCAGCUUCUUUCAUAUCACAAUCUGUACUACAUGAUGAAGCUUAGCAGAGAUCUACACACGUCAAUAAUCGAGGGAAGGUUUCCAGAGUUUGUAUGUAAUUUUUUGCGGAUAAUGUUUCCUAAAGGUGAUGUCCCUGAAUGGGUAUGCAAUGCCAUGGAGGUUGCCGGAAUUGAUAUCUCUUCCUGCUGUUCUCCGUUCUCUUCGUCUCAAGAUUAAAAUAAUAAAAGAUAUUCAAACGAGGUAGGCUUAUAUAGAGUUCGACUUGAAAGAAUUUUACAAGAAAUUUAACUUAUAGGCAAUGAUACGGGUGCAGCAUAAAUUUUGUAGCCCAUUUAUAUGCUGCUUCAUUAGGAUUCUAGAGAUCUUUUCUUUUUUAUUUGUCUUCAUGUUAACUUUUUUUUUUUGGGUAGAAAUCUUCAUGUUAAUUUAUUUUCUAUUCACAUUGCAAGACAAAUAUUUUAUUCUUGAUGUUAACCUUGAAGCAUCUACUGUUGAAAAUUUGUGUUCAAUGAUGGAUUCUAAUAUUCUAAUCG